AUGGCGCAGGCACUAGUUCCUCUCACCCAUGGCAAACGCGGUCCGCCACCUCUACGCUUUCCCCGCUCAUGUACUCACUAUGAUCCAGAUUUCCUCGUCAAAGUCGCCGGUCUGAAUGGCCGCGUCUUUGAUAACGAUCCCGUCGUUGCCUACAUGCUGCUAGACAUGUCUCAAGAAGAGCGACUUGCGUAUCUCCCGACAUAUUGGUCCACACUCGUCCGAUCCGCCCUGAUGAACGGUGCGAUCAUCACCGAAGCCGACGGAUGGAAAGCAGCAUCGGUGAUUAUUCCACCAGGCAAGGGUAUUGAUAAUGUCUGGACGCUUCUAUACGCAGGCUUUCUAUGUGUUCUAUGGAGGAUUGGCAUCUCUGGCUUAAAGCGGCUGUGGACCGAAUUCUCCGGCAUGACGGAUAACGCUAAGCGGAAGGGUCUCCAUGGCGAAAAACGAUACUACUACGUCUUCAGUAUUGGAACUGAAUACGAUCACCGCGGAAAAGGCCUUGCCAAAGAGAUUAUGCGAUACCACCAAAACAUCGCCCGCUCCGAAAACCUCCCCAUUUGGCUUGAGGCAACUACUCCGGGCUCACGCCACUUGUACCUCUCUCUUGGAUUCCAAGAGAUAGAAGAGAUCAUCUUGGGAAAAGGCAAGGUUGGUGCCGAUGCUGUCAUCGAGCCUGGUGGCCCUGGAGUCUCGCUCUGGGCAAUGGUAUGGUGGCCAGAGUCGUCAGAGUACGCCCUUAAAUCGUGA